AUGAGCGGCCGGCUGGCCGUAGGGAGCCGACUGGCCACGUCGGGGCGCACCCUGUUCAACGGCAGCGAGGAUGCGUCGCAGAUUAGAAGCGCCUAUGUCAUCCAGCAGGACAUUCUGCUCCCCACCCUGACGGUGCGAGAAACACUGACGUAUGCUGCCCAGCUGCGGCUGCCCUCGUCCGUCACCCAGCACGAGCGAAGGCAGCUGGUCGAAGAGGUCAUUCUCGAGCUGAGCCUGAAAGAGGCGGCCGACACGAGAAUCGGCAACCAUGCGCACAAGGGCUGUUCGGGCGGAGAGAAGAGGAGGACAAGCAUUGGCGUCCAGCUGCUGUCCAACCCGUCGCUGCUCUGGCUGGACGAGCCCACCACCGGACUCGACUCGACAAGCGCUUUCCAGGUGGUCAAGACUCUGCGCGACCUGGCCAGGAAAGGGAGGACCAUCAUAGUCACCAUCCACCAGCCGCGCUCCGAGAUCUGGGACCUGUUCGACAAUGUCAUCCUCCUGUCACGCGGCAGCCCUGCCUAUGCCGGCAGUGCCAAGGAAUGCCUUCCCUACUUUGCCAAGCUGGGUUAUGAAAUGCCGCCAUUCACCAACCCAGCAGAGUAUCUGAUCGAUGUUGUCAGCAUUGACAACCGGAGCGAGGAAGCAGAACUGGCCGCCCGUGAACGUGUGGGUCGCGUGAUAGCAGCAUGGAGAGAGCAUUGCAACAGUGCCCUGAACGAAAAGGACGCAUCUGGCCCUUUGACUACGACCUUUACAAAAUCUUCUGCCCAGCGAAGGAGAAAGAACCGCACCUCGCUCAUCCAGCAGACUCGUGUGCUGACGGCGCGAACGUGGACCGUCACCAUUCGCGAUCCAAUGGGCAUGUUUGGCAGUCUGGUGGAAGCCAUUGGCAUGGCCAUAAUUACAGGCUGGAUAUUCCUGAACAUGGACGGGUCUUUGACCGGCAUUCGAUCGCGCCAAGGAGCACUAUACAAUGCGGCUGCGCUCCAGGGAUAUCUCGUCCUGCUGUACGAGACAUACCGGCUGACCACUGACAUCCAGCUGUUCGACGAGGAAGCACGGCAAGGCGUCGUCAGCAUACCUGCAUUUCUCAUUUCUAGACGACUGGCCAGGAUCUUCAUCGAGGACGUUCCCGUGCCCCUCCUCUUCUCCCUCAUCUACUAUUUCUUCUGCGGCUUCCGUGCCGACGGAGCCCAGUUCCUCACCUUCUUCGGCAUCAUACUGCUCCACCAGUACAUCGCAGUCUGUUUCGCCAUGACAUGCAUUGCCUGCUCGAGGAGCUUUGCUGGCGCGAGCUUGGUCGCCAACCUGGCAUACACUCUGCAGUCCAUGGGCUGCGGUUAUUUUAUUCAGGCAAACACCAUUCCCAUCUACGUGCGCUGGACCAAGUGGACUGCCUAUGUCUUUUACGCUUUCGGCGCCCUGUGCGCCAAUGAGUUUACCGGCCAGUUCUACGACUGUCCGUACGAGGGUGGACGGUCGAACCCGGCCUGCAAAGAAUACGACGGCGACUUUAUCCUGGCUACGCUCGGCUUUCCAAAAGACUGGGUCUGGAGGCCCAUCCUUGCGCUCCUGGGCUUCGCUAUUGCCUUUUACCUUGGUGCUGGUGUGCUACUCAAGUUCUGGAAUGCCGAGAUUGUAAUGGCGCGUGCAAGACCAACCAACAUGGAUGCUUCGGCCGGCAAGGAGAAGAUGAGUGCGCGACCGCCCGAGGACGUGCGGACAAUUGAUAUUCGAUUAGAGAGCUAUGGAAUGGACGUGGAGAAGCGCUCGCUGCGUAAGCGCUGGACAAAGUCGAUCCUCAACCCCAUCACGGCAGACUUCCGGCCUGGGUCUCUAAACGUCAUCAUGGGGCCAUCGGGCUCUGGAAAGACGUCUCUGCUGAAUAGUAUGGCUAUGCGACUCAAGGACGACACAGCAACGCGAUACAAGCAGUAUGGUUCCAUGACGUACAACGGCCUGAUACCUGCUCGCGAAGUCGUCCACUCCAUCUGCUCCUUUGUCACACAGGACGACGACGCACUUUUGGCUUCGCUUACCGUGCGCGAGACUCUCCGCUAUGCAGCUGGAUUGCGGUUGCCAAAAUGGAUGUCCAAGGAACAGAAGAUGCAAAAGGCAGAGGAGAUCCUGCUGAAGAUGGGUCUCAAGGACUGCGCAGACAAUCUCAUCGGCAACGAUAUUGUCAAGGGUAUUAGUGGCGGCGAGAAGCGUCGAGUGACAAUUGCCGUGCAGAUUCUCACGGAGCCGCGGGUGCUGUUGCUUGACGAACCUCUCUCCGGCCUGGAUGCAUUCACUGCCCUCUCCAUCGUCGACGUCCUCCGCGGCCUGGCGCAAGAAGGCCGCACGCUCAUCGUGACGAUCCACCAGCCACGCAGUGACCUGUUUGGUCUUUUCGGCAACGUUCUCCUGCUCGCUCGCGGCGGCCACCCCAUUUUCUCAGGCCAUUCCACAGACAUGUUACCGCACUUUGCAGGACUAGGCUACGAGUGUCCAGAACACGUCAAUCCGGCCGACUUUGCCCUCGACUUGAUCACCGUCGACCUCCAGCACGAAGCACGCGAGGUAGCCAGCAGGAAGAAAGUGCGCAAGCUCAUUCAAUCAUGGACCCCCGAUGCCUUUCCCGUUGCCCGUACCGGCUCCAUUACUACGCCUGCAGAAUUGGGCAGUAUGGCUCGCGAGCCGUCGUCGUUCCUCACCGCAUACUCGAUCCUGAUCCGCCGUGCCACCAAGAACUUGCUGCGCCAGCCCGACAUCAUCAUUGCGCGAAUCAUGCAAGUCGUGGGUCUUGGUAUCGUUCUUUCACUCUACUUUGCGCCCCUCAAGACAAACUAUUUCUAUGUCCAGAACCGACUUGGACUCUUGGUGGAAAUUGCACCUCUUUAUUUCGUCGGCAUGCUCAACAACAUUGCCGUAUACCCCACGGAGCGCGACGUCUUCUACCGCGACUUUGACGACCGCGUCUACGGCGUGGAAGCCUUCUUCCUCACCUACAUCUCCAUCACGACGCCGUUUGAGAUCCUCAGCUGCCUCAUCUUCGCGCUCUUCGCCGUCUUCGCCGUCGGCCUGCAGCGCGACGCACAAACCUACUUCAUCAUCACCUUCAACGCCUUCUGCAUGACGAGCUGCGGCGAGAGCCUGGGCAUAGCCUUCAACACGCUCUUCACGCACACAGGCUUCUCCGUAAACUGCAUGUCGGUGUUCCUCAGCGUCGCCCAGGUCAUGGGCGGCGUGCUCUCGCUCGAAAUCCCAGCUUUCCUCCAGGCCUGGAACCACCUGUCCCCCGUCAAAUGGGCCGUCGGAAACAUGGCUCCUUACACACUGCGCGGCCUCAACUUCUCAUGCGAAGACUGGCAGCGCGUCAACGGCCAGUGCCCCAUCCAAACGGGCGAACAGGUCCUCGACUUGUACCGCCUCAACCACAACCCGGAAAUGAACAUCAUGGCCCUGGGCAUCUGCGCUAUCGUAUACAGGUUCCUGGCGUACGUGGUACUCAAAAUGGAGAGGGAGCGCUGGAUCGGUAGGGCGUGGCGCAAAUUGGGCGGCGGCAAGAAGAAAUAUACAGCCAGAUUGCUGCAUGAUGAGAGUGUGCGCAACUCGACGAUACGCCAUUCGACGGUGAGGAACUCGUUGGCGAGGAAUUCCAUGGCGAGGAAUUCGACUGUCAGGAACUCGCUCGCAUAG